AGUCGCGCAAACGCGAGACUCACGCGUAGUUACAAUAACAAUCUGUCAUAAUCGCGCACGCUAAUAUUUCUCUCGGAAGAACGCGCUGCAUGUUUGCGAGCUGAGAAGGUGAGACAGGAGACGAGCCGACGGGCGCGAUUUGAACGAGAUGAACGGUGCCCGCGACUGACUUUUCCCCUCCCUAAGGUCUUUAAUGUCAACGCGCGCCUCGCCGAGCUCGAAGUCGGUCGCGUGCGCUUCCACGUGUUCCGCGAUAACAUAGGUGCGCGGGUGACCGCUCGUGCCGCAGCGGAGGAUCGUCGAGGAUACGAUGGUGUCUCGUUGACGCCCGACGAAAGCCGCCGGUCCCUCGCUCGUCGGAACAAUCUCUUCGAUUUUCUAUUGUAAUAUAUUUAUCUGCAUAAUGUUGCGUCGGGCACGAAUUAAAGCCUUGGCAGCUGUGCCAGUUCGAAAGAAGCCUUUACAGGAUUCAGUAGAUUCCACUGAUGCUAACAAUGUGGCUGAUAAGGAGAGGAAAGAAGAAAACAUAUCUGAUAUCAAUGAGACAGAGCAAGAAUCUGCCAAGGAUAUCGCAGAGGUAAAAGAGCAGAAAGAGGAAAAUGUUGCUAGAACCGAUACAUCCGAGCAAAAGGAAGGAAAAGAAAAAGAUGGAUCCAGCACUGAUGCAUCGGAACAAGAAAAACAGAAAGAGAUAGAUGUACCUAGUACUGAUGUACCAGAGCGAGAAGCUGUCAAAGAUAUUGCAAAGGUUCAAAAAGAAAUUAGAAAGAAGAAACAAGACAGAGUCAGUUUAAAGGAAAAGGUUAUUGUUGAAAAACCAGAUUCCCAAGAAUUACGUUCUCCAUUAAAAUCGGACAGAUUUAGUGAUAUACCAGAUCGAGAAGCUGUCAAAGGUAUUGCAAAGGAGGAAACUAAGAAAAAACAGGACAGAGUUAAUUUAAAGGAAUUGAUUAUUGUUGAAAAGCCAGAUUCUCAAGAAUCACGUUCUCCACUAAAAUCAGACAGAAUUAGUGAUAUACCAGAGGGAGAAGCUGUCAAAGAUAUUGCAAAGGUACAGGAGGAAACUAAGAAGAAACAGGAUAGAGUUAGCUUAAAGGUCAUUGUUGAAAAACCAGAUUUCCAAGAAUUAUGUUCUCCACUAAAAUCGGACUCUCAAGAGUUACGUGCUCAGACAAUUUCUCAAGAAUCUCCUGUAUUCAAGCCUGACAAAGUUACCGAUCAAUCGAUACAGAAAAGUAUUCCGCUACCAGAUGUGCCUACAGCAAUAGAUAUAGCCUCACCUACAAAGGUAAUACAGAAUCGCCCAUGUUUCAUGAGACCUACACCGAGGUUGGACAGCGGCGGUAGAAUAAGAAAGAACAGCGUGCAGGGUAGCGCGAGUGAGUCCGAGGAUGAGCACAGCAAGAGAGUGGCGUCCGUCGUGCCGAGUCGCGUACGGAAUGACUCCGUCUGCUCUGUACAAAGCAAUAAGGAGAGUGCUGUCGUUGACAAUCAGAGCGUCAGCCCUCCGAAGAUUAAGGCAAUGCAGAAGAGGCGCAUGCUGGUUUCGGAAUCGGCGAGAAAGCUGGCCGAAGCCAGACGGGAGUUUUUGCUGAAGCACGAAAAUAGAACGCCCGAUAGGAGCCAAUUGAAGAUGUACGAUUUGAUAUAUUAUAAUCCCGUGACAAAUCCUAUGCCAAAAUCGUCCGCUCUUGAACGAAGGGUUAUUACACCAGCGCCUACGCCACCACCACCGGAAGAAAUACCGGAAGAGGAGGACGAGGAUGAUCCGUCGGCAAUGCCCAUGCCGCAAGUGAAAGUGGGCCCCGACGGUCAGUUGAUAAUAGACGAGCAAAGUCUCGUGAUAGAGCAAACGGAUGCGAAGAGGAAUGAAGAGAUUAUGGCGAGCGAGGCUACCAUCGAAGACGAUAAUUCCCAUGGCGGUGGUUUCUAUAAAAAGCACAAGAGGAGCAAAGAGUGGCCGAAAUGGGAAACAUUUAAAUUUUACAGAGUUUUGAAUGUAGUAGGAACGGAUUUUCUAUUGAUGCAGACACUUUUCCCAAAUAGAAGCAGGCAAGAGAUUAAACAGAAAUAUAAGAAGGAGGAGAGAGUUAAUCGACAAUUAGUUGAAAAAGCUCUAAAAUAUCAUCAAGAAUUUGAUACCGAUAUGCUAGAAGAGCAGCUAGCAAAGCUACAAAAGCUGGAAUGUGUUCCAAACACACCUAAAAGAGCAUCGGAGAAAAUUAAGAGCGAACAAUGCUUCAGCAGAAUUUACAGAAAACGCAGGCAUCGUUUAGUAGCGGAAAGUAUCGGAGAGUGCGAGUCAAUGUCCAACGAACCGGAAGCUGAUACAGUAGAUACUGUGACAAACGAUGAACUCGAUAUAGAAAUAAAUACCGAUAUAAAUAAUGUUCAGCAACAAAUGAAGAGAAAAGCACGGAAGUCGAAGAAGCGUUCGGACGAGAAAUCCGAGAGAUUUGACGAGUACAGUUCUUACACGGAUGUUGAUUCGGACAGCUCCGAGGAGGUUUAUCAACUCCGACCGACCAGAUCCGGCAGACUGUCGAAGAAGAUAAGAAAGUUGCAAGCGCCUGACUUUAGUGCACUUAACAGUAAUACCAAGAAGGAGUCGUCGGUAGACAAGAGUGUGAUACCGUCACACGUAGCUGUGGAAGUUACGGAGUACGUAAAUACGGCUGUUACGAACAGCGGGAAUACGGAAACGACUUGUUCCGACAAUAUUAUGACGAUGAUACCGAAUAUCAAUCAAAUGGAACCGGGAGCCUUGGUAAUUGUCUCGAAGGAAUCUACAGAGAGUCCUGGAAACACUAUUUUACAAGUUUACAUGGUUACCUCAAACAUCGACUCCAGCACAACAGUUACACCUAGCGUGUCGUCUGGGAGCCAGUCGUCGGAAACUUUAGAACUCAAUCAAUCGGAAAAUGUCGAAACGAUUAACGUCGUCGAUGAUUCUGAGAAAUGAUCUUUUGCAUGGCAUUUAAUUGUAAUCCAAUUUCGUAUAAAACUACAAAAGGACAUAUCCUUUAUUGGGAUAUUAUAGAUAGAAAUAAGUACCGAUAUAAAUAAUGUUCAGCAACAAAUGAAGAGUGAAGCACGGAAAUCAAAGAAGCGUUCGAUCGAGAAAAUCCGAAAGAUUCGAAUGCAGUUCUUACACGGAUGUUGAUUCGGACAGCUCUGAGAUUUAUUUUCCUUGUAAAUUAAUGUAAACUAUAAUAAGAUAAAAUUUCCUUUUUUUUACAUAUACGUAUGUAAAGAUUUUUUUAAUUGCAAGCGAAAUUAGUAUGUAUCAAACUUUUUUAUCUGUAGAUAGAGUUAUUUUUCGACGAAACGGAGAUUUGUGUUAAACGUGAUAAGAACUGAGCAAUGUGCAAAACGAAGGUCGUGUAAUCUACUUUAUUUUUUUUUUUUUAGCGUGAGCGAUUGAAUUUUAUAUAUGCAUACCUAUUUAUUUUGCCAUUUAGAUAUAUUACUCAGAUGUUAUUUUUCCAUUUUGGAUACAUAACGGUUUUACGUUUUUGGCUAUAAAAAUAUACCAGGUAUAUGUAUACGUAACAUUGUACAUUCUCAUACAAUCGCAUGAAAUAACUCGAUAUAGAAAUAAGAAUAAUUCGGCUUGUGCAAGAAAAAUAUUAGAAUGUAUGUAAAAUACAUCAAUGGUAUGCGAGUAUACAGUGGUUAGAACACAGUGUUAUACGAUAAUUAUGAGCAUUAAAAGUACUGCCAUGAA